AGGCACAGGCCCUGGCAGGACCCUGAACGUUUGGCCAGCUUGAUUGCACCACUUGGCAAAGACCACCUUCUGAGAAGCAAUGGUGAUGAGGGCCUUUGUCCUGUUGGCCGUCUUUGCAGAAGCCUCUGCGAGAUCUUGCACUCCAAACAAAGCAGAUGUCAUUCUCGUGUUCUGCUAUCCCAAAACCAUCAUCACCAAAAUCCCCGAGUGUCCCUACGGAUGGGAAGUGCAUCAGCUGGCGCUCGGUGGGCUGUGUUACAAUGGGGUCCACGAAGGAGGUUACUACCAAUUUGUAAUCCCAGAUUUGUCGCCUAAAAACAAGUCCUACUGUGGCACCCAGUCCGAGUACAAGCCCCCCAUCUACCACUUCUACAGCCACAUCGUUUCCAACGACAGCACCGUGAUCGUUAAGAACCAGCCCGUCAACUACUCCUUCUCUUGCACCUACCACUCCACCUACUUGGUGAACCAGGCUGCCUUCGACCAGAGAGUGGCCACUGUUCAUGUGAAGAACGGGAGCAUGGGCACAUUUGAAAGCCAAUUGUCUCUCAACUUCUACACUAAUGCCAAGUUCUCCACUAAGAAAGAAGCACCUUUUGUCCUGGAGACAUCAGAAAUUGGUUCAGAUCUGUUUGCCGGAGUAGAAGCUAAAGGGUUAAGCAUUAGGUUUAAAGUGGUUCUGAACAGCUGUUGGGCCACUCCGUCAGCUGAUUUCAUGUACCCCCUGCAGUGGCAGCUGAUCAACAAGGGGUGCCCCACGGAUGAAACAGUCCUCGUGCAUGAGAAUGGGAAAGACCACAGGGCCACCUUCCAAUUCAAUGCUUUCCGGUUCCAGAACAUCCCCAAGCUGUCCAAGGUGUGGUUACACUGUGAGACAUUCAUCUGCGACAGUGAGAAGCUCUCCUGCCCAGUGACUUGUGACAAAAGGAAACGCCUCCUCCGGGACCAGACCGGGGGCGUCCUGGUCGUGGAGCUCUCUCUCCGUAGCAGGGGAUCCUCCAGUCUCUGUAGCUUCUCAGAUGUUCUCUAUCACCUCAUCUUGAUGCUGGGGAUUUGUGCUGUGUUGUAAGGGAGAGCCAGGCAGGCAGCUGGAGCUCCUCCACCCA